CCUGGAGAGGCGCACGCCGUCAUGCCUCCGCUGGAGCAGUUCAUGGAGGUGUGUGUUGAGGAGAGACGGGAGCGCUUCUACAGAGACGUGGAGCGUGGAGACCUGGUUAUCGGAAGAAUCAGUUCGGUGCGAGACUUCGGCUUGUUCGUAACUCUUCUCUGCACUGCUGGAGGACUGGAACGAGAUAUUGAGGAUCUGGAGAUAAAGGCCCUCUGUCCAUUACGAUCUGUUCCUUCCGCUGGAAAUCACGAUGAUCCUCUGUCUUAUUACCAAAUUGGGGAUUUGAUUCGAGCUGGGGUGAAGGGCAUUGACCGCUACCACGAGAAGCUGACCUUAUCACUGUAUUCAUCCUCACUGGCUCCUCACUUGGAUAAAGUUAAGCUGGGAGUCAUAAGCAAAGAAGAUCUUCCUCUUCAUUAUACCCGGGGUGAAAAGGUGGCCACAGACAGCAGCCAGACGUAUGAGAAGCUUUUGGAGAGCUCUCUUGGUUUGUCCAACCCUUUAAAUGUGCACUUCCUCCUGGGGAAGCUGGGAAUAAGCGACACACAAACACCUUCACUCAUGAGGGGCUUGCAGAGUAAACGCUUCAAAGAAGAUGAUUUUGCUACAGCUAUUCGGAAGAAACAGUCUGUGUCCUGGGCCUUGAAAUGUGUUAAAGGUGGUGUUGACCAUUUCAAAUUGGGUCGUCAUGUAGAAGCAAUGAAUGAGUACAAGAAGGCUUUAGAGAUCGACACAAACAACGUGGAGGCUCUUGUGGCACGUGGAGCUCUAUAUGCAACCAAAGGAAGCUUGAUGAAAGCUAUCGAUGACUUUGAACUGGCUUUGGAGAACUGCCCCACACACAGGAAUGCUAAGAAAUACCUCUGCCAGACACUGGUGGAAAGAGGAGGACAACUUGAAGAGGAAGAAAAGUUGGUGACCGCUGAGGGUCUCUACAAAAGAGCCACAGUAUUAGAUGACACGUUUCAAGAGGCUGCAGAAGCCCUGGCGAAACUUCAGUUACAUAUCCAGAAAUCGCUUAAACUGAAAGAACAGGAAGCUGCCAAAGAGCAGGAACAAGCUAAGACUGUGGAGACAAGUGCAGAGAAAUUGCGUAAGAUCCUAAAAGAAGAGAGAAGAAUGAAGAAGAAAAGGAAGCGGUCGACCUCGUUCUCUACAUCUUCAGAUACGUCCUCAACUACAAGCGACGACUCGCCUCCAUCGAGUCGCAAAAAACCGAAGAAACGGAAACACAAGCGCCGGCGCUCAUCUCAUGGCAGUAAGAAACACAAGAGGAGAGUGUCGUCUUGUAGCGAUAAAACGGCGGAAGCUGACACAGAGUGGUUUCCCGCUCCUGCUAACACCUCCGCUUCCUACAUCGACCAGAAACAAUCCAUAAGCAAACUUAUCAGCGAAGGAGAACAGUCUUGGGGCAAAAGCCGACACGAAGACGGCAGAGGUAAGUUAGAUGAUGCUAUCGACAGAAGCCUGGAGAACGUCACAUAUGGAGCCCAGCCUGAAGCGUCUAGACUGGGACGUCCUGGUGUGAACGGCCAAGUUACAGAUCGACACAGGACUCCGAGCACGUCUGAGCAUGCCAGAAACCGGAGGGAUUCUUCCUCUUCAACCCAGUCCGAAUACUCCCACAGAUCUGAGCGACACACUAAGGAAUUUUCCUCGCAAGGCAGAAAACGUAGCGAGUCGGAGCGAGGCGGGAAUGAGAAGAUGGAUAGAGCGGAGAGAAAUAGUCGUGGUCAAGAUGAUGGCGGGAAGUCUUCAGGUGUAACCCUCAAAAAAGAUGUCCCUUCCAACUUGUUUGACAUUUUCAGUCAAGUCUCUGAAUUUGAGAAGGAAAAAACGCUGAAAAAGUAAAAGAGCUGUCAAGAGUAACACUAGUGGUGCUUUCAUUACUAGAACUAGCAGGUUUAACCCUCAAGUAUAGCGAUUGAAAUAUAUGAUAGUUAAUGAUAGGUUGAUCAGAACUGUUUAGUUUCAUAAUUUGAGGUUAGAUUUGUUUGUGGAGGGGGAAGUGGGGAGCAAAGCCAAAAUUUGUGAGGUGAAUGAUGCCUCAGUAUUAUAAUUUGCAUUCAGUAUAAUGUCAGUGUUCAAAUAAAUGAAUGUAAUGGUCAUGGUUUGCUCUGUCUGUUGUUAC